AUGACAGUGGAUAUAGAAAAAUGCAAACGCAUAGUGCAAUACUUCUGGGAUCCCGAACCCAAGAAUGAUGCACCCGCAGCGUCAAUAUGGUGCCUGGGCAGAGAGUAUGCGACCCCGCAAACCACCAGUAAGUUCUAUCUGGACCAGUUCAAUCAGCCGAAAGAGAUAUACAAGCAGUGGAUGACAUACCGAUCAAACUUCACACCGAUACCCCGAGCGACAUCACCAGAAGCGACAUCAUCCAUGACAUUAGGUGUACGGCUUCGAAGCCAGCUCAUGGACUCGGGCUUCACAUCGGAUACUGGGUGGGGCUGCAUGAUUAGAUCUGGGCAAAGCCUUCUGGCGAACACAUUCGCAAUUUUAUUGUUAGGGAGAGACUGGCGCAGAGGAGACAGUCCGGAGGAAGAGUCGAAACUAAUUUCAAUGUUUGCUGAUCAUCCAGAUGCUCAAUUCUCAAUACAUCGAUUUGUGAACUGCGGCGCAGACUCAUGUGGGAAAUACCCUGGGGAGUGGUUUGGACCGUCGGCAACAGCCAGAUGUAUACAGCUACUUUCAACCGAGUGUGAAUCACCCAAGCUUAGGAUCUACGUGACCAACGACUCAUCAGAUGUGUAUGAAGACAAAUUUAAUCAAGUGGCGCGAGACCAGACUGGCCGCAUACAGCCAACACUUAUUCUCCUAGGAAUCCGACUGGGCAUUGAUCAUAUUACACCGGUAUAUUGGGAUGGACUGCGAGCUGCACUACAAUACCCCCAAUCAGUUGGUGUAGCCGGCGGGCGCCCUUCCUCGUCCCAUUACUUUGUAGGAGCUCAAGACUCCCAUCUCUUUUUCCUUGAUCCCCAUUCUACCCGACCCGCAACACCAUAUCGACCUGAUGAGCUCUACACCCAAGAGGAAUUGGAUAGCUACUACACCACCCGACUUCGGAGAAUCCACAUCAAGGACAUGGAUCCCAGCAUGUUAAUCGGAUUUUUGAUCAAGGAUGGCGAUGACUGGGCCGACUGGAAGAAACAGAUUGAAUCUACUCCUGGGCGGCAGAUUGUACACAUCUUCCCUGGACAUAGCCAGCCAGACCAUGGUCAUGGUCGUGCAGAGGCACUUGAUGAAGUGGAAGUGUUGGAUGACUCGGAUGCACUGGAAUGA